AUGACCCGCCUCUACGUCAAAGGACGAGUACUUGGUUACACCCGUGGAAAGCGCAACCAGAAGCCAACCUCAUCUCUCGUCCAGCUCGAGGGUGUCUCAAACAAGGAGGAGGCAGCUUUCUACCUGGGAAAGCGAAUUGCUUACGUUUACCGCGCUCAGCGAGCAAUCAAGGGCUCCAAGGUCCGAAUCAUCUGGGGCAAAGUCACUCGACCACACGGUAACUCGGGUGUAGUUCGAGGAAAAUUCUCAACAAACUUGCCUCCAAGAUGCUUUGGUGCCUCUUGCCGAGUCAUGUUGUACCCCUCCGCGAUUUAG